CGAGUAUUUGUUCUUUUUCUUUUUGUUUUAUUCGUGUGUGGAAGAAAUUUUAGUCGUGUGAACAGGGUCGCCACUCCGAGAACAAUGUGACGGGUACCCUGUUGCAUGGAUCAUUGGAUUGGAAUGUGUGGUGCCAUGAAAUAAGACUUGUUGAGUAACCACGUCCAUCAAGAAACAACAAUCUUCUCUGUCAACUUAGGAAAGUCACUCCGAACUUUCUUGAAUUUUUAAGGGAGUUUUUCGGACAAACAGGAAAGAUGAAGAGUUUGUUGGUGGUUUUAGGACUCUUCAUUGCAGUUCAGGCAAAUUCAUCUAAAAGACAAAGUGUCCCCUCAGCAGUACCAGCUAGUGGCGCAGGGGGAUUGCCUCCAGACAAGAGACUAGUAUGUAAGCUCGAGUUCAACAAAACACACGGAGAGGUCGUAGGAGAUUCAUCAGGUUAUUUAAACAACGGUUACCUAAUGGCAGGUGCCAUCCUUGUAAACUUCCAGCAAGGAAAAUGCGGCAAUGCAGCUUAUACUUACUGUGGAGACAUCCUCUUCCAUGGAGACACCUUCCAAGGCAAGCCAUACGUUGCUGUAACGGUUGCUGCUUGGAUUAAUCUUAAAGAAGUCGUCGGUAGCCACUCUAUUUUUGAUACUAUCGGAAGCACGCAUGCGUGUGGUCAGUACCACUUUGAAGUCAACAAUGGUAUGGUUAGAUGGUUCCAUAGAAACGAGAGUCAAAUCACUAUCUUCUCUAAUACUGCCGAAGGCAACCUCGUUCAACAAGACAAAUGGACCCAUGUUGCUGGAACCUACGAUUCAGCCAGCGGAAAAUCCAAGAUCUACGUUAACGGUGUUCUCCGUAACAUGACCAUUGGCUCUGGUCUCCUGUCACGUGACUGGGUAUCACGUGCUGGUAUCGGUGACCACAAGGCUAACAGACCUCUAAAGGGAUUCAUCGAUGACUUCAGAAUCUAUAACUACGCUUUGACUAAAGAUGAAAUCUCUGCUCUUGUCAAACAAUGCGGACUCUUGCCUAAAGCCCCAGCCCCAGCUAAGAAACCAUUUGCUGAUAUCAGCGCCCCCGUCUAUGGCGACACUCCCAUUGAUGCAGCUACUGCUGCAGAUGACUACCUCCCACUCAAAACAGCAAGGCCUAACCGCAAAACUGCUGUAAACAGCGAUUCCGUUGAAGAGGCAGUUCUAAAAAGAUCCCACAUGGCACACCAUCAUUAAGACUGAUAUCACGACGAAAACUGGAGAGCAUUUUCGACCAAUGACAAUGCGUGUUAGAAUGAUAGUUUUACUUUCAACGAAAAGAGGGGGAGCAACCAAAUGCUGCCAAUCGUCAUUGUAUCAAUGAGUUUGACCCUUUUUCGUAAAAAAUAUGUACAUGUCAAUUUAAAGACUAUUGUAAAUCAGUUUGUGUUUGUCAUUAAAUUGUAACUUGGGGAGGGAAGCGAGUGAAUGCCUCGACUGAUGCUUGGAAUUAGCAGCAAACUGAGCAUGCGUAGUGAUGUGAAGAUUAUGACGUUAUUCAUACUUAUAAGCUCUACACCAUGUAAGCGAUCCCACGCAGGUGGUCUUGAGCUAAAUUGGCUAAAUUAGCUCACUACCCAGUUUUAAAUAAAUUUAGCUGUAUUUUUGUCAUCCAAGAAGUUCACAAACGACGCGUUAUCGAUUAAAACGUUUGAUUAUCGAUUACAUUAUUUGUAAUGUAAAUCAGUGUAUAAUGACUUACGUAGGGUGUUCUAUAUUCCAUUAUGAAAAUAAAAUAUGGGAGUUGUAUG